AUGUUCUCGACCAGGAGUUCACAAAAUUCGCGAGACCCGGCUCCGAAAGACGGAGCCCGUGCCAGCAAGCGACGUAUGCUACAGCGUCGGAAUGCCAACUACUUGGAUCUUAACGACGAUUCCACAAUUUCCUCUUCCCUCGUCCAAAAGUUCAAGACCUCCUCAAACGCCGAAAGUUAUCGCCAGUCGGGGAGCAGCGGCAGAAACUCCAGCCGUCUGGAAGGGCUUCGCAAAAGUCUCCAGUCCCUCGCCAAGGACAUCCACAAGGACAGUGCGGAACUCACCUCCCUGAUAAAGGAAUCCCUAAGUCGGACUGAUUCAAACCCCAGGCAGGAGGAGGACACGCCACCACCACCAGGGGAUGAACUGAAGGAGCUGAAAGAAACCAUCCGACAGCUGACCAAAGGUGUGAGCUCGGAAAAUAAACAGAUCAACAAUGAGGAGGAGGAGGAGGAGAGCGAGGACGAUGAUGAUGACGAGGACUCGGAGGAGGAAGACGAUGAGAACGAGGAUAGUGACGAGGAAGACAGUGAUGAUGAGGAGGAAGACGCUGAUGAUGAUAUCGAAGAGGAGGAAGAGGAGCCACCUUCAUCACAAAAACGCCCGAAGAAGACCCCGGCCAAAAAGACUACUAGCAGGAGGAAAUUCAAGGUAGAGGAGGAAAAGAGGGGCCGAGGAAGCAGGCGUCACUUGGCUGACGGCGAGGUUGAAAAGCCUACAGGGGAGAGGAGGUAG